UCAUUAUAUCAGGCAACCCAUUUAUUUCCUUUAUUUAUAUCAGAACCAUUUUAUUUCCUUUACACAUAUCAUACAGCCGGUUCGAGAGAGAAAUAGAAGAAAAAGAUGGAGAAGCACAAAGGUGAAGAGUUUGAUGCGCUGUCUUUCAAACCUUAGAUUUCUAAAGACUUUGAUCUUCUGUUCUCUUUGCUAGCCGUUACAUAACCCAUAAUCGUCCAACAAGUAGGCAUCGGUGUAAUAUAUUUUCAAAAGCACGCAUCGCUGGUGAAGAUGGCAGAUUCUGAUUGCAUGACAUUAUUGUGCACUAGAAGUCCACUAUGAAAGGAAUUUAUAAUAUUGACCCUGAUAGGUACUGUUUUAUUGAUUUGAUGGUUGAUGUUUUACAAGUGUCUUUAGAAAAUUUACCUGCAUAAUUAGGAGUCUCAAUUAUCAUGCAUUGUGAUUUGCCUGGGAGUAAUGAGAAAAUGGUAGUGCAGAGUGAUGCUUAUAUGUUACAAAAGUUCAGCUUGCAUACUAAUCCUUAUAAAAAAUUUGUUCAUAUUCAUGUUGAGUUAGAAACUGUUGAAAAUUUAAACAUGGUAUAUGAGAAGAAUGGUGCUGUGAGGGAUGGUGAAAGGGAUGGUUGUCCAAGGGGUGCUCAUGUAAGUGGUGGUGAGAGGGGUGGUAGGGUAAGGGAUGGUGAUGAGGAAGAUGAGGAUGAUGGAGAUUAUAUAUUUGGUUUCAGUUCAGAAGAUGAGAAAUGGGAAGAUGAAAAUGAAGGGUAUUCUAGUGAUAGUGGACUAGUAGAUGAAGGUACUAUGGGGGGAGUUCAAAUAAGUAGUGAUGAUGGUUUGUCAAAUUAUGGGUCAAGGGAUGAAUGUGGAUCAGAAUCAAGUAUUAAAAUAUUGGGUGAUACUGAUAAAGAAGAUAGGCCUAAGGGUAAAGCAUUUGAUCAAUGUUUGUUUGGGAUAGAAUUUCAUAGAGUUCCAGGACAAAAGAUAGAGCUAGUAAAAGGUUACCUAUUUGACAAUAUUAAGAAAUUUAGGGAAGUGUUGAGGGAUUAUGCAAUUCAAGAGUGUUUUAAAAUGGUUAGGAAAAAAAAUGAAAAAGCUAGAAUAAGAUGUCAUUGUGCUGCUACAAGUUGCCUAUGGAUGAUACAUGCAUCACCUCUCUUUGAUAAAAUCACCUAUCAGAUUAAAACAAUAAACAAAUAGCAUACUUGUGUGAAGGAGAGCACUUCUAGGGAAGCAACAUCAACAUGGAUUGCUAUGAAGUUUGCAGAUAGAAUAAGAGAGAAUCCGGAGAUUAAAAUAGCAUCUUUGGGAGUUGCAGUGAAGACACAAUAUGGAAUUGAACGUAGUAGAAUGCAUUUGUAUAGGGCAAAGAGGAAGGCACUAGAGGAAAUUAGGGGUAAUCAUGCUAAAGCUUACACAUUACUUCCAACUUAUGCAAAUGAAAUUGAUAAAACAAAUCCAAGAAGCUUGGUUAAAAUUAAGAGGUUUAGGGCAAAUUUGUAUGUGAACCCAGUCUUUAGCAGAAUUUUCAUCUGUUUUGAGGCACUGGCCACUGGUUUGAAGAAAGGAUGUAGACCAUUUAUUGGUCUAGAUGGCUGCCAUUUGAAAGGACGCUAUGGUGGUGUUCUACUUGCAGCCACUGCACUAGAUGGCAACAAUGGCCUUUUCCCAGUGACCUAUGGUGUUGUGGAAAGUGAAGGAAGGGAAAGUUGGGGUUUUUUUCUAACACAUCUGCAGACUAUGAUUGGCAAAGAUUUUGAGGACAACCCAUGGACUUUCAUGUCUGACCAACAAAAGGAACUGGAUUCUGCAAUUUCUUAUAUCUUUCCUAAGGCCCACCAUAGAUAUUGCUGCAGACAUUUAUUUAAUAACUUUAAAAAGAAGUACCCUGGUUUGUUGUUAAGGAAGUACUUUUGGAGGGCUACAAGAGCUUACAACCAAGCUGACUUUGAUAUUGCCAUGGGGCAUUUGAGGAAUCUUACAGAAGAAGGGUAUAAUAAUUUGAUAGAAUUGCCUGUAUCAUCAUGGUCUAGGCAUGGAUUUGAUGAAAAUGUGAAAAAUGAUCAUGUCACAAACAAUUUAAGUGAAUCAUUUAACAAUUGGGUUAUUGCACAAAGAAAUAAUACAAUUCUGAACAUGUUAGAAUGGAUUAGGAUGCAACUGAUGGGUAGGAUUCAAAAGAGGUAUGAGGUGGCAUGCAGUUGGCAAACAGUGUGACUCCUAACAUUAGGAAGAGAUUGAACCAACUCAUAGAGGAAUCUAGACAAUGUAGUGUCAUCUUUGCUGGAGCGGAUGAAUAUAAAAUAAUGGAUGAAACUGGUAGAACUGUGGUAGACCUUGGUGUUAGGACUUAUGUAUGUAGGGCAUGGCAAAUUUCUGGCCUCCCCUGCAAGCAUGCAGCUACUGUAAUGGCUUAUAAGAGAAUGAAUAUUGAGCUAUUUUGUGAUGAAAAUUUUAGUAAGCAUGCUUAUUUGGAAGCUCAUGGGGGAAUGAUACAUCCCAUAGUUGACUCAAAACUAUGGCCACCUGCUUAUGGUGAUCCACUUGAUCCUCCUCCACCUUAUAGAAGGCCUGGUAGGCCAAAGAAAAAUAGAAGAAGAGAUGCAGAUGAACCUGCAGCAGGGACUAGUCAAGUGAGAAGGUCAAUGAUCAUAAAAUGAAUAAGGUCCAGAAGGGAAGUUCUUCAAAAGCUGCAAAUGCAAGUGGUCCAGAGGGAAGUUCAAGCACAUCUUAGAGAGUUAGGAGGAGGGGUUUAUCACAGCCCUUGGGUGCAAGCAGUUCUCAACCCCAACUUGGUAGAGGCACAACUCAAAUGGCAGUUAGAGGUGGGAGGGGUGGUAUAAGCAGUUCUCAACCCCAAGGUGCUACAUGGAGUUUUGGUGCAAGCAGUUCUUAGCCCCAACUUGGUAGAGGGACAACUCAAAUGGCAGUUAAAGGUGGGAGGGGUGCGUCUAUGUCUCAGCCCCAACUUGGUAGUGGUACCUCUUCUGACAUGGCAAUGUGGUAACUGUCAUGCUGUUUCAAUCCUUCUGGCCUCCCCUGAAGAAUGUUUUUUGUGUUCUUAUUUGGAGCAUAUAUGGAUAACUACCUGUCACUUUUGAUGUUACUAUUUUGUUUUGAUGGCAUGUGGACAAAUGUUUGCUCAUAGUUAGAGUUGCAUUUGGAGCAUAUGUGGAUAACCUGUCACUUUUGGGAAACUUUGCUGGCUACUUGUUGACAAUUUUUGGGAUAUUGUUGGAUAGGUUCUUGGACAGGAUAUAAUUACAUACUUAUACUCAUGGGUCUUGGGUAUACUUUUGGUUGUUUUGUGUAUGUAAUGAAGUAGAGACAGUUGAAUUGAACUAUAUAUAAGCUUUUGGUUAUUUUUUGCA